UAUCAAGAGAGACACAUCUCACUUCAGUGUCCCACAAAGAAGAAACACAAUUUUGGCAGAAAUACAGAAGGAAAGACCAGGAUUCAGCUCUUUUUCACUGUAAUUUCUUACUAAGAAUUAAUUUUUCAGUCUCAUCACUGAAAUAGUCACUGACAAUGUAAACUAACUAGAGGAGAAUGGAUGAGGAUUUUAGAAAACCUGGGAACAUCAGAGAGAGCUCAAACCUGUUCCAAAGCUUAUUUCCAGGAUGUAUCAGAUCAACUAACAAUGAAGAUGAAGAUUCUCUCAUUCUGCCACAGCUCCAGAGCCAGCUCCCCUCUCCCUGGUUUUAUUGUUUUCUUCCUUACUUUGUAUGGUCACAAGAUGGAAUCAGCAAAAUUCACAGUGAUUGGACACCAGGACCCUAUCACUGCCAUCGUGGGUCAGGAAGCUGUGUUACCCUGUCACCUGUCCCCGCCGAUGAGUGCUGCAAACAUGGAGGUGAGAUGGUUCCGAUCUCAGUUUUUAUCCAUUGUGCACCUGUACCGUAAUGGGAAGGAUCAGUAUGAAGGGCAGAUGCCAGAGUAUCGGGGAAGGACAGAGCUUUUGAAAGCCGGACUCACAAAUGGAAACAUUCCCUUGAGGAUUCUCAAUAUCAGACGCUCUGAUGAAGGACAAUACCACUGCUUUGUUGAAGAGGAUACUUUUUAUAAAGAAACCGUGUUGGAACUGAGAGUAGCAGGUCUGGGCUCUGCUCCUCUCAUCUCUGUUGAGGGUCACCAGGAUGGAGGGAUCCAGGUGGUUUGUCGAUCAGCUGGUUGGUACCCAGAGCCCAAAGUGCUAUGGAGAGAUCUCAGUGGGCGGCGUUUACCAUCACUCUCUGAAGUAAUAUCCCAAAGGGAUAAUGGCCUGUUUGAAACAGAAACUGCUCUCAUUGUAAAAGAACAUUCAAACCAAAACUUGUCCUGUUGCAUCAGGAACACCGUUCUCAAUCAAGAAAAGGAAUCAGCAGUUUAUAUAGCAGAUCCAUUUUUCCCAAGGGUGAAUCCCUGGAUGGUGACUCUGAGUGUGAUCCUGGGGGUUUUGUUUGGUUUCACUGGCUUCACUGUUUGCCUCUUUAAAAUGAAAGGGAAACUUACUGAAGAAGUUGGGAAACGAAAUGUAGAAAUUGAAAUUGGUAAGUCUCAUUCACCUCCCUCUGAGGAGAAAACUUUUGUGCAACGUUGGAUCUUUUGUGGGGGCUUCUCUUUAAUUUUUGUGUAGUUGGUUCAUUUUUAAUUUAACUUUUUAAAGGAAAUGGGGGCAAGAC